GUCUGUCUAUAUUAACACAUAUAGCUGAAAUACCUGCUCAUCUUUUGUAUCCAUAUAACUAAGAUUUUGGUUUUGCUAUGCUAUUUUCUUUCUUUCACUCUUUCUUUUUGUUGACUAAUUAUAUAUGAUUCCAUGCAACAUAUUCAUGACAGAUUAAUUACAAAGAAAGAACCACCCCAGAUGGUAACCUUAAUGUUAAACUCCAUCGUAUUGCUUGCCUUGGUGCCAUUUAUUUGCAUUACUCAAGCCAAUUCUGAACAACUACACACACCUGUUUCAACAGAAAUUGCUAACAAUGAAAAUCCUGGUUUUAUAAGCAUUGAUUGUGGAUCAGUAAUCGAUUACUUGCAAGAGGAUACCGGAAUUUGGUAUAAGACAGACAAAGGGUUUGUGGAAACAGGAGAGAAUCAUGUGACUUCAUCCACUAUCAACUUAAACUAUCUUUACUUUGGGAAACAAUUAACCACGUUGAGAUGUUUCCCAGAAGGAGAUAGAAAUUGUUACACAUUGAAACCUAAAGAGGGUAAAAAUAAAAAGUAUAUGAUUCGUGCUUUCUUUUCAUAUGGAAAUUAUGAUGGCAAAAAUCAAACACAAUCUUUUGAUUUAUAUCUUGGAGUUGAUCUUUGGAAAAAAAUCAAUUUCAUUAAUACUGUUGAUUACUCUUACACGGAGAUCAUACACACUCCUUCAUCUAACACUAUAAAUGUGUGCCUUGUAAAGACUGGUCCAACAAUCCCUUGCAUUUCAUCAUUGGAAUUGAGACUUUUAAACAAUUCCAUUUAUCAGAAUCAACAGAUAAUCUCUACCACUGAUCCACAACCUCUGUUGAAAAUUGAAGCUAGGUUUGAUGUUGGCCCCUCACCUUGUUCAAACAAACACGCUAGGUACAAAGAUGAUGUGUAUGAUCGGAUAUGGCUAUGUGACCAAUUCUUGUACGAAAAUAAUGAUUGGUAUCCAUUGGGUUUGGAUGAAUCCAUAAAUAUGGAUCCAGAAAUCAAUAAUGAUGCUUAUAAAUUACCAUCCAAAGUAUUAAGGAGUACAGCCCAACCAAAUAAUGUGUCACACCCCUUGGGAUUUAUUUAUGAAUAUACAUAUUCUCCACCCCUAGACAAAACAUAUGAAUAUUAUGUCUAUUUUCACUUCAAUGAAAUUGAGAAACUUUCAGGUGGUAAAAAAAGAAAAAUAAACAUCACAGUAAACUAUAAACCUGUGCUCUCUCAGCCCUUAGUUCUUGAUUACUUGAAACCUAUUACACUCAACUACAAAACUCAAGGGGAUGUUUGGUUCAACAUUAGUGCAACCUCAGAUUCUGAUCUUCCUCCUGUGCUCAAUGCUUUUGAGAUUUAUCAGUUCAUAACCCAACUUGAUUCACCAACAGACGCUCAAGAUGUUGGAGCAAUCAUGGAUAUCAAAAGCUCCUAUGAGGUGAAUAAAUUGAGUUGGCAAGGAGACCCAUGUCUUCCUAAGCAAUAUGCAUGGGAAGGUCUAGUUUGCAAAGGUGAUACCAUUCCAAGGAUCACAUCUUUGAACCUGAGCUCAAGCAAAUUGACAGGGGAGAUAAAUAUUUGGUUCUCGUAUCUUACAGAACUAAAAUUUCUGGAUUUGUCAAACAACGAGUUGGAAGGGCCUUUGCCAGAAUUUCUAGCACACUUGCCAAAUUUAAAAGUUCUCAAUCUAACGGGAAAUAAGCUCUCUGGUUCGAUUCCAAAUGCUCUAAAGAAAAAGGCAGAUUCAACUUUGCAAUUAAGUGUGGAUGACUAUCUUGAUACUUGUAACAUGCGUUCGUGCAAAAAGAAGAACAUUGUUGUACCAAUUGUUGCAUCACUUUCAGCAUUAAUUAUAAUCAUAUUGAUCUCUCUCGGAUUUUGGAUAUUCAAAAGACAAAUAGUGGUGCCUUCUAAUUCUAAGAACAAGGGUUCGCUGAAAUCAAAACAUCAAAGAUUCAGUUAUACUGAAAUUCUCAAUAUUACUGAUAACUUCAAAACUAUUAUUGGAGAAGGAGGAUUUGGAAAAGUUUAUCUUGGCACUCUUCAAGAUCAAACUCAAGUUGCUAUUAAGAUGCUUUCACCAUCAUCAAUGCAAGGUUAUAAAGAAUUUCAAUCAGAGGCACAACUUCUAACGAUUGUUCAUCAUAGAAAUUUGGUCUCUCUCAUUGGGUAUUGUGAUGAAGGUGAAAUUAAAGCAUUGAUUUAUGAGUACAUGGCCAAUGGAAAUCUACAACAACAUUUAUCAGUGGAAAAUUCAAAUGUCUUGAACUGGACUGAGAGACUCAACAUUGCAGUUGAUACAGCAUAUGGAUUGGAUUAUUUACAUAAUGGAUGUAAACCACCUAUUAUGCAUAGAGAUUUGAAGCCUUCCAACAUACUACUAGACGAAAACUUGCAUGCAAAGAUUGCUGAUUUUGGUCUAAGUAGAGCUUUUGGUAAUGAUGAUGCUUCUCAUAUAUCCACACGACCUGCUGGUACAUUUGGUUACGCUGAUCCUGAAUUUCAACGAUCAGGAAACACAAAUAAGAAAAAUGAUAUCUUUAGCUUUGGGAUAAUUCUAUUUGAGUUGAUCACCGGAAAGAAAGCACUUGAAAGAUCAUAUGAAGAAAAUAUUCAUAUACUGCAAUGGGUUGUUCCCAUAAUUAAAGCAGGAAAUAUUCAAAACAUUAUGGAUUCGAGGUUGCAGGGUGAGUUCAGCAUCAAUUCAGCAUGGAAAGUCGUUGAGAUAGCCAUGUCAUGUGUUUCACAAAAUGCUGUCGAGAGGCCGGACAUUAACCAAAUUUUGGUAGAGCUAAAUGAAUGUCUCUCUUUGGAGAUGGUUCAGAGAAAUAAUGGAAGAGAAAGAGCUAUAGUUGAAAUUACUUCUGUAAAUCUUGGAUCACAAACUGCUCCUUUAGCUAGGUAACUGCUAUAUGAGCUAUUCGUCCUAUUUUCCGUGUCACUCUGAAUGUCUAAGUAUAGUAGUCCUCAUUUGUAUGAUAUGUAAUAUAAUAAUAUGUAUUUUGAAAGUUUACCAGAAAGAAAGAGUUGUGUGCCAACUACUAUAUAUGAGUGAUGCUUAAUUAAAAGAGUUACUUUCCUCUAAA